CUUAAAUGCUGUUGACUACGACUUCCAGUGUCCUUUGCGCCAGGACGGAGAAAGGAAGCGGAAGCUGCAUGGGGAGCUGCUGCAGGUGACUGCAGCAUGGCUGUGUCCCAGACCUUCCUGCCGGGGCCUACCCAUGAACCUGCAGGUGCCCUGAUGGAACCUCGGCCUUGCCCUCGAACCUUGGCUGAGGGCUUCCUGGAGGAGGAGCUUCGGCUCAAUGCUGAACUUCGACAGCUGCAGUUUCCAGAGCCUGUGGGUGUCAUCUAUAAUCCAGUGGAUUAUGCUUGGGAGCUGCACCAUAACUACGUGACUCGAUACUGCCAAGGUCCCAAGGAAGUGCUCUUCCUGGGCAUGAACCCAGGACCCUUUGGCAUGGCCCAGACUGGGGUAAAGGCCUGGCUUCCUCUGGUACCUUUUGGGGAAGUGAAUGUGGUCCGGGACUGGUUGGGCAUUGGGGGCUCUGUGAGGACCCCUCCCCAAGAGCACCCUAAGCGACCCGUGUUGGGACUGGAAUGCACACAGUCAGAGGUGAGCGGAGCCCGAUUCUGGGGCCUCUUCCGGUCCCUCUGUGGUCAGCCGCAGGUUUUCUUCCGGAGCUGCUUUGUCCACAAUCUGUGUCCUUUGCUCUUCUUGGCUCCCAGCGGAAAAAACCUCACCCCGGCGGAGCUGCCAGCCAAGCCACGGGAGCAGCUGCUGGCGAUCUGCGAUGUGUCCCUCUGCCGGCAGGUGCAGCUGCUGGGCGCGCGGCUGGUUGUGGGAGUGGGGCGGCUGGCCGAGCAGCGGGCACGGAGAGCCCUGGCAGGGCUGAGCCCGGAGGUGCAGGUGGAGGGGCUCCUGCAUCCCUCGCCUCGAAACCCACAGGCCAACAAGGGCUGGGAGGCAGCAGCCAGGGAAAGACUCCAGGAGCUGGGGCUCCUGCCUCUGCUAACGGAUGAGUGCCUGGCCAGGUCUAGCACACCUUAGAAACCCAGUCUUGCCCAGGAGAUGCCUACACACACGGGAUUUACUGGGCUCUCUGUUGGAGGAAAUGUGUUUUCAGCCCUCUGGGCUGCCCUCUCAUGGCCAGGCAGACUCUGAUUCCAGGGUGGGCAGCUUUCCCGAUGCCUUGUCUCCAGGGGCUUGUUCUGCACGGCAUCAGCAGAGGGUGGGCCUUUACACUCACACGCCACCUCAUUUCCUUGGGAGCCUCCUCUGUGUGCACAGGGUCCUAGACAGGGAUGUCUGAGGUCAUAUUUUUAAUUUUAAUCUUUCCUGUUUUGUUUUUUAUUAGUAUUGUUUCUGGCACUGUUUCAUGUACACUAGGAAAGCUAACACUGACCUACCUCAGCCUUUUUGACACUCAUUGUACAUAUUAGUGGGGUUCAGUGUGAUGUUUCCACACAUGCAUUAAGUGUGUACUGAUUGAGUCCAACCUCCCUUUUUCUGUCCUCUCCACACGCCCCCCCCCCCCCAACCAGAGGACAACCUUUCCAGGAUCUCUACUCAUCCUUACAGAACAUCUCCCUCUAGCUGGCUCCUCUCCUCCCAGUGGCCAGGACAGGCAUCAUGUUGAGAUUCCCAGCACUCAGAGGCAGGAGGAUCAGAUUAGGCUCUGCCUCAGAAAUAAGUAAGUAAGUAAGUAAAUAAAUAAAUAAAUAAUUUCUUCAGGGAGACCAAGGUUGGAUUUGAGGGAGACUUCUAUGUGGUAGACUAGGAAAGAUCUAGAUUUUCAUUCUCUUCUCCCCCAUGAGGCCUGUGAACUUUUUUUUAACCUCCCUCAGCCAAGCAGUGGUGGUAUGGGCCUUUAAACCUAGCACUUGGAAGGCAGAGGCAGGAGGAUCUCUGGGUUCAAGGCCACUUUGUUCUACAAAGUGAGUUCCAGGAUAACCAGAGCUACAUAGAAAAACCCUGUCUUGAAAAACCAAAACUCCUGUUUUGUUUUUGUUAUUGUUUGUUUUUAAAACUUGAAGCAAGGUCUCAUUGUGUUGGCCUGUAACUCAUUAUGUAGACAAGAUCCAGCCCUGACCUCACAAGAAAUCUUCCUGCCUCUGCCUCCUGAGUGCUGGGAUUAAAAGGAUGUACCUCCAUAUCUCGUUUCUUUCUGGAUUUUGAAACAAGAUCUCACGGAGUGGUAGUGGCUGGCCUGGCAUCUCUCUAUAGACCAGACUGGCUUCAAACUUGUGGUGAUCUUCCUGCCUAAAUGCUGGGGUCAGAGGCAUGUGCUACCUUGCCUGACUUGCUUAUGAACAACUUAUGAGCCUCAAGAUUCUUUGUAAGAUGGGGGUUCUGCCUCCUGGCACUGAUGUGAGGUGUGAGGACUGAGGGUACACUACAGAGCGCUUUGCAAAGGGCUGGCACGUGGUGCUCACUACAUACACUUCCUGCUUGCCUCACUCUGAGAUGGGGGUACCAGUGCACCAUGAGGGACUUCCCAGGCCCCUCUGAAGACUUUUCCUUACUGGACCAGGGUUAUGAAAAUUUCAGCCUGUGAUUUUUCGGACUAAGCAUUAAAGACUCCUAAGACUUCUGUGUUGGUUCUCUCUUCCCGUUCUGCACUUCAUUGGUGGGAGAACAUUGCUUUUAGGAUAUUUCCUCCCAUCUCUUGCCUAUGCAUUGUUUGCAAAAACUUCUCAGGUAGCUUGGGGAGGGGUGUAUGAGACCUUUACUUGCCCUAGCCAAGCUGUGGGGUUUUUGGUAGGGGGCCUGUCCUGCAGUUUAUCAGGUACUUGGGGGCACUGUUGGGGUUGAUGGGGAGGCUGGUGUCUCCCCCGUCUCUUGAAUUGGGUAAUUAGUGGUUAGGGCUAGAGAGUGAACCACAAUGGGAACAGGGCUUAGGACCACCUUAGUGAGGACCAUGUGGUCUUCCUGUCUCCUGGGACACAAGUCAUCUCCAGCAUUCUAAAAAUUAGUAAGAUUUUAAUCAACCAUCCUCAGUUCCUAAGAGGGAAACUAAAUCUUUGAGGUUUCCUCCGUGAUAGAAGCGUCAUUAUUAUUCACAUUGGAGCCACAGAGCAUAGCAGGAUUUGUUGAGCUUUGACUCAGAUGGAGUCCAGCCCACUAGAAAGACCAGCUCUAUGCUUUGAAGGUCGGAACUUUGAAGAGUGAUCUCAGCCUAAGCGUCAGAAUGAGACAAGGCUAGAGAUUGAGUUUGGCCAAGUAGCCCAUCAUCUCAACCAAUUAUACCUACACAGUGACCCUGACCAGAACUCUGAACACUAGUUUCUACCAAGCUUGCUGGUUGGUGAACACAUAUAUGUUUGUUUCUUUUUGGGUAGUUGGUGCUGGUUUGUAUAUUUGUUCAUUCAUAUUCUCUAUGUGUCAUUUUAGAGUUGAACCCAGGGUUUUGUGGGUGUGAAGUGUGCACUGCUCUAUCACUUCUAAAUCCCUAGCCCUUGACUUGUAUUUGUGAUAAAUUGUAAUAAAUAAACACAGUGUUUUUAUUUCCUGA